AUGCUGCUCAUGCUGUUUGUGAGCACAAGAGGGCACAAUCCAGUCAAAAAUAACCGCCAGCUCCUUCACGACAGCUGGAUCCCAGCAAGAUACACUACAAGUCCAGCGAGCCUAGUACCGGGCCUGCUUUUAACAGACUACACUGUCAGCCACAAGCACCUGGGUGAUCAGCUAGCUGAAGGUGGAUUUGGUGCUGAGGCGAGACGUUUGGAGGAUGACCCUGAAGUGUCUGUGAAACAUCUCAACAAGACCGAUGAAGACGUGGAAGGUUUAUACAUUCUUGGAUAUCCACACCAUCUUCCAGAGGAGAUCGCCCUCAACAUCCUGGCGAAUAGAGGCCCGGAUAGCCAUGCAUGCGAUCUCAGCACCCCCCCAAAACACAGCCCCAACACGGAGGAACAACAUCCUCAUCCGCACGACGAGACCGCUGUUGAUGCUGGUGAAGGAAACGGCCAGGAGAGUAAGGUGGAGGAGAAAAGGAAGACGAAAAAGAAGUGGUGGAGGGUGGCCUCUUUCCUUAAAAAACAUCAUAAGAGCUGCUCGAACCCAGUUCAGGGUGAAGUAGAGCUGCAGCAAGAGCAGGUGCAGGAGCAGCAGAGAGAGGAAGUGAAGCCCCAGAAAGAACGGAAAGCCAGAUGCAGUGAUGACUUCAUCUUCAGCCACUACCAGCUGGGUGAUCUGCUAGGCAAAGGUGGAUUUGGUGUUGUGUAUGAGGCGAGACGUUUGGAGGAUGAUCUUAAAGUGGCGGUCAAAUAUGUCGAUAAGACCAAAAACUACAAGGAAGGUUUAUGCAUUCAUGGGUAUCAGCAACUUCUUCCAAUGGAGAUCGCCCUCACAAUCCUGGCAAAUAAAGGCCCCAGAGCGCCAGAGAUCAUCCAGCUGCUGGACUGGAAGGACUACGAUGACCAUUUCGUCAUGAUCCUUGAAUGUCCCUCUCCUUGCGAGACUUUGGAAGACUUUAUGAGGCGUCAGGGUGGAAGUCUCAACGAGAGCUUAGCACGGCAAGUCAUGAGGCAGGCGGCUCAGGCUGCGAACGUGUGCUGCCAGCGCCAAGUGUUCCACCGUGACAUUAAACUGAACAACCUUCUCAUCAACAACCAGACACUUGAAGUCAAAUUAAUUGACUUUGGGUGUGGGGACAUUCUGAGGAUAACUGUCUACAUGUCAUACUGUGGCACAGCAAUAUACUCCCCUCCUGAGUUUCACAUAAAGGGGAAGUACCAUGGCAAGCCUGCGACGGUUUGGUCACUGGGGGUUCUGUUAUUCAGAAUAGUGGCCGGAUAUUUUCCAGAUUUCUUAGAUCUGCACAUGCUCAAACUGCACUUCUGUUUCAAAACUGGCCUGUCAAAAGAAUGCUGCAGAUUGCUCCACGCUCUCCUGCAAGAAAAGCCGAAGAAGCGAAUUCAACUGGAGGAAAUCCUUUCCCACAAGUGGUUUACGGUCACCACAUAA